AUGCCGAAGGAAAAAUAUGAUCCGCCCGACCCAAGGCGGAUGUACACGAUAAUGUCCACUGAGGAGGCAGCCAACGGGAAGAAGUCAUACUGGGCUGAGCUCGAAAUCAGUGGUGAGGACCGGUGGGGGUGGCAUCACAUGCUAUAGUAUCAAAUACAGAUGAAACUGUUUGGCUUAGCGCAUGUCGAAUAGCUCAUUGUUGUGAUGGAGUCAGAAUGUAUUAGAUGUAUUAGUCACUUUACCCCUACCUACAUGUACAAAUUACCUUGACUAACCUGUACCCCGCACAUGACUCGGUACCAGUACCCCCUGUAUAUAGCCUCAUUAUUGUUAUUUUAUUGUGUUACUUUUUAUUUUAUUUCUAACUUUAUUUUAUUUAGUAAACAUUUUCUUAACUCUAUUUUCUUAACUGCAUUGUUGGUUAAGGGAUUGUCAGUAAGCAUUUCACGAUAAGGUCUACACCUGUUGUAUUUGGUGCAUGUGACAAAUACGAUUUGAUUUGAAGACUUCCACAUGUAAGCCUAUGCACAAGACGUUAGUGGCACCUUAAUUGGGGAGAAUGGGCUUGUGGUAAUGACUGGAGCGGAAUCAGUGGAAUGGAAUUAUGAGUUUCUCUGGCAUCAAGUAAUUCAGUAUGCAAGAAGAUAGUUAAACACUUAGUUGGUUCAAAGUAUUUAAUAUUGCGGUACCGGGUUCACAUAGCAAACGGCACGUGGGUGGCCUAUUGCUAUCUGAACUCACUGAACAAAGGAAAUCUCUUAGCUUAUAUACCUGUUUGCAAGCUAAUUCUAUCCAACAGUUGCCAACCAUUAUUGAGUGUCGCUCCUCACUAGAAUAGGAUCACCCUAUAUGGUAUUGUGUUGCACCCUAGUCAGGAUAUUCCAUCACGUACUCCUCCUAAGAUUAGCACCAGUGGCCCCCCAGCUAUCUUGGCCCGCAUACCUUCUGGCACCCACCAGUGACAGAAAUAAAUAAAUGGAAUAUCCUCAUCCCCCAAAUCCUUAUGCUGCUCACAAUAUCAAACAUGAACUAAUCCUGUAUAAAAUACGUAAUAUCAAUACCCCAUUUUCAUUAUUUUUCUGUUGUAAGUAAAAUUCCACAGAUAUAACAUUACGUAAACCAAACAAAUGAAACAUACAAAUGAAUUCCUAACCUCAUGACAUCAUCCCAGAAAAUACAUUGAUUCAUGACAAUUUCUAAGUUACAUCUCUAGCUGCAAUCACUAAUCCCAUCCUGUAUUUCGCUAAUAUUCCCAUAGCUUUAGUUAAAUUCCCAAAACAUUCCUAUUCUGAUGGCAAGUAUGUUUAUCAUGCAUCUCCCCCUAUAAUCGCAUACAUUCCCCCUUUAUCUACUGUAAUAGCAUCCAAUACUAUGCGAUUAUCAAUUGCGUAUUGUCCAAUGAGUGACAUUUCAGAACCCAAUUGCUUGAAAACCCAUGACUGUUAAUAGGUACCAUGUUCAACUCUGUUCAUCUUGACUCUGUUCCCAUAAUAUGCCUGAGGAGAGAUACAAAGGAUAACACAUUGGUUAUGUCACCUGAUAAAUCAGCACAGCCUUGGAUUAGGCAGGAGCGAGGAAUGCAACCCAAGGUCAGAUCACAUGAAAAUAGCAUAAACAUUCCUAUGUCACACACACCACACCCCAUGAUGGGAACCAAUUCAGUUCUUGCCUAGCAACAGAGAUAUGUACCACUGUAAAAAUCCACAUCAAUCCCCCCUCUUUGGGAAUAAAUAGUCUCAUAGCAAUACCUCCAAAUACUUCAAAUGGAUAUAGUGACUAAUAUGUGAAUACAGUAACCUAAUACUCAGCAUGUUCAUGAUAUCAGGCAAUCCUUGCAUUAACUUAUGUUUCAUACAGUAAGAUUCAAAAAUGUAUACUCGAAAGAAAUCAUAAGUGUAUCCUAACACAUUAAAAUAAUGUAUUGCUGUUUUAACCAUAAUAUCUAAGACAGUUAUCUCGCGAUUGUACAAGCAAUACCAGGAAUGCGAAAAAUCGUUAACAUCUUUAGUUACUAAUAUUUAUUAAUGAUUUACUUAAAUCACUGUCAUCUUAUAAAUCAUAACCAAAACCAAAUUACUUAUCUCAACCAAAUUUAGAAUGACAAUUGUUCGUGAUUCACAUUGGUCUUAUCACUCAAAAUUAAAACCCUCAACUUUAUCACACAUUACAACUGUCAGAAUGUAGACUUAUAUUAACAUACAGUAUAAAUAUCCAUAAUUCUAUUAUGACCUUCCUCAUCCUGAGAAUAACUACAGAUCAUUAUCUCAAUGCAUUCUUGGUACUAUUAAUUUAGCAGUGUAUAUACCUACUACCUCAAUCUCAUACACAAAUUACCAAAUUUAGGUAAAUCCAAAUGUAUUAUCGACACAAAAACCAACCCCUUCCUUCCACGGCACUCAAUCUUCUGGCGUCUCUUCAUUAUGUUCUUCAGACAGCUUCAUAGUUCAAAAUGGAUUGCCCAUGACAAUGUCCCAACUUCAAUGUCUCAUCCGAGUCACCACCAUCUGUAAACCCCAUUCUGUCUUGUCCGUUUGCCAACCAGUAUACCAACAACAUGAGAAAUGUUGUAUUUGAACAGAUCUCUCGCCAUUCUCACUCACAGGUGGACUCCUGUCCCACUCCAAAGAAAAAAGGCAUGAGAGAAAAGCAGUUGAUAGCUUGGAUUGGCUGUUGUAGACCGGUCGCAGGUAGAAGUGGUGCUGUACAGGAACGUCUUCAACGCCUCUGAUGCUCAUCUUCAGCUGUUUCUUUUUUAGGUUCACACCAUUCUAGGCCGAAUUAUCCCUGCUAUCCAUCAAGACACCAUCUGUAUUUACCUCAAGAGAAGACAGAACAUAACAGUUUAGUUGAGUUCAUUUCUAAUCCAAGAAAUCCAUAUAAGCAUUGACUAUAUGACAAAUGAUGUUUUUUACCAAUUAUUCUUAAUACCAAUUUCUAAUAUACUCCCCUUAUCACCCUAUCAGCUACACCACAGAUUCACAGUAUCGGGACGUUAGACCUCCAUUCCUAUUAGGGAAACCCUCCACAGACAGAGAAAUGAAUGGUGUGAAAGUCAGGUGAUUCUUGAACUUCUGGAAGAUCUUGAAGUUCUUGGAUGUUGUUGGAGGUCUGUCCCUCUGCCGAGGGAAUCAGCCAUAUCAUGUAGCUCAUCAGUAGCAUUCCCAUUGCCAUCGUAUUCUAGCCAGCUCCAUCAUCCUCAGCUCCCGUCAUCUCUAGGUCGUCGGUUUCCUCGUAGUACUCUGUUGCAGUGGUUUAGAUGAUACCAGCUCAAUCUCCCCUCUAUCCAUACAUCUGUUGGUGUAGCCUGGGUGACAAUGUAUGGUCCCUUUAGCUCUGAACCUUCUUCCGUCACUAGGGUCUCGGAUCAGGCAGUCCCUCUCAAUCCACCAACAUCGUUCUGUGGAGUGUGUCCUUCUGGCAUGGUACCAAUAGGGAAGUUGAGAGUCACUGCUGCAAAGACACACAGACACAAAAGGAAACAAUGCUCCGCAGUGGCGGUGCCAUCUUCCUCCUCUGGGUUUGGAACACUCCUACAGUGGGACACAUGGAUGCAGGUAUCUCUCUCUGCUACUUUCCCCUCCAUCGAGGUAGCCAGCAACACCUAGUACUGACCUCUCCACCUAGGGUUUGUCCAUCUCUCACUUCUGUAAUCCUUUACCGCCAGUCUCCAGGGCGCAGACAAGGCUCAUAUUCUCCUGCUAGGUUGGGCAGAGAAUCCUUCACCCGUGGGAAGAAAGUCUUAAGAACAUUGUUAGGUGAGACACCGUAUGCUACUGUACCAUGUCUUCUCAUCAGUUAGGAGAAGCCUUGAGAUUAGGAAGUGCUCAUUCUUGCAGCUUGUUAUAGUCCACUAGUUUCAGAGACAGGCCUCCUCUACCACAGUACACUUGCACAUAAAACAUUUAAUAAUAAUAAUAAUAAUAAUUAAGGUAUUCUAUAAAUAUAAUCUAACCCAUAACACAUUAAUUACUACUGCUCAUAUUCUUAAAACAAUUUGCCUAUUUACCAAAAAGCCCCAUGCGACCAGUACUUCCCCCCUUUGGACACAUGACUCACAUCGUGAUUCAUGCGUUCAAAAAACAAAACAACAACAUUGCCUGUUAAACCAAAAUAAUACAUGAAAUUAAAAUGACAACCUUUGAGAAUACCUUAACUUAAUUGUGUUACAUAAGGUAAUUCAAGGAAUAUUAAAAUUGACUAGCAACAGGUUUCCCUCAUUCAGGAAUAACUCUCACUCUGUCCAUGUCAUGGUCCGAAUUUUAUAUAUAUAUAUAUAUAUAUAUGACUAUUGCCAAAUUAUAAACUUCCUCAUAAUUAUCAGUAUUAUAAAUUACCCUCAACUCGGUAUAAUAAAUUACCUUAAAUUCCUCAUGUGUCUCAGUUUUCCAGUGUGGGUGAUCAAAUCACACUAUAAGGUCAGGACAGAGGUCCGAUGUCAUUCAAACCCUUCAAAUAAGUGUUUCAUUCUACAGUAGACUAAUCAUUAACAACAGUCAAAACAUUUAAUAAAUGUUGUAUCCCAAGUGUACAGUUAAGUCCUCAUUACAUUUCUUCUCAAAAGAAAUCAUGUGUUUACCCAAAACUCACCCGGAAAACAAACACUUGUCUACCCUAUUCCAUGUCUACCCCUUUAAGACUUAUCAUCUCUAACCUGUUAAAACCCCCUAAAAUCAAAAUAAAAACCCCUAUAUAACCAUCAUACUAGGUGGGUUGUGUGGCUAUUUGAAAAAUCAUAUAGUAAAACAACAAACAAAAAUGGCCAGGCCUUAUUUAAUUUGGUAGCUCCCUCUUAUGACCUAAUCUGGAAAUCUUCAUACUUAUGUAACAUCUCUUCCCAAGACCACAUACACGGGAACAUCUGUAAAAGAUAAUGAAAGCCCUUUCUCCUGGGAAAAAAAAAAAAGUUUACAAAUUGUUAACAUUUACUCGUAAUCAUCAACAAGCAUGGCAACGAUAAUUCCACUGUCUUCCCUUAACUCAUUAAUCGUUUGUUUCAGUUGAAUUCCUCGUGACUACUCCAGAAGAAGAUUACGUAAAAUCUCUCAAGAUGAAAACCACUCAAGGUUCUCUAAGUUUACAAUUAGUAUUUUUAACUGAUUACCCUUUAGACCACAUUCUCUGUAAUUCUCACAAUGAUUAUUCAACCCCAAAAUCAGCUCUAUUUGAUCCCAUAUCAAAUUAUCAUGAUAUCGUUACUGGAUCACUGUCCAACGACAUAGGUAAUAUAUGUUUACCCUUAGGUUGUUCCUGUCACCCCUCUAAAUGUAAUAUUUUAGUAAUUCGCAAAUAUAAUCAAUUACUACGCAUAAAGAAUGUGAUAUUUGAUCCCAAGCGUCUAUUAAAAAGUUGUUUGAGAUGUGAUCUCCUACGUCUUCCUUAACAUACAUACUGUAGGGUACUUCUACCAAUCCUAUAAGAAAUAAUCCUACUCAAAACACAUCAGAUAAUACCACGUUUCAUUAAGUUGACUACACCUUCUAAUAUAAACCUAUAACCCCUUUCCGGUAAUGUAAUCAUUGCAACCUGUUGCAUUGAUGUAUUAAAAUAUAAACCUAUUGUUUUAUAAAUCCAGAACCUACAAAUAUUUGUACUUCCCCAUCAGCGUAAUAGUAAAAACUACCUCCCAUCCGCUGUUCAACGUACCAGAAACAGAUUACCGUUUUUUAGAAUUAAUUAACUCACUGGUGUUACGCAAACUAUAGAAUUGAAUAUAAUAAUUAGAAAUUGUCAAAGAACGUUUCCUGUUCAACUAUUCAGAUCUCUGCUUCACAUUACCCCCUGUGUCCUUUACAGCCCGAUAUAGCCCAGCGAGCACAACUCUUUCACCCGCGGACUAAAUCCUGGCAUUAGUAAAUUCUAUCCACAAACCACUACUACCUAAUAACAUAUUUGCAUUCACAUUACUAGAAAGCAUUAUUUUAAUACCAGUCUACUCAAACAAUCCAAUUGGACAUUUCUCAUUUCCCAAUUAACCUACUUUCCUUUUAACCCAGAAAACCCUCUACAAUCUCUUAUCCUCUACCUCUGUCUUUCCAUCCAACGUUACUUUAGCAGGUGACAAAUUAUUGUUAAAUUGUAUUCAAAACAAACAAAACAUCUAUUCACUGGGAGGCCACUUUAAUUUCUAUGUGAUCCUAGGCCGCCAUGGGUUGGUAGGACAAUCACUUACGUAUAAUCUAAUCAAUGCAACCAGUGAUCCGGGUCAACAGCAUCAAUGUGGUUCUCUGUUGCUCAGCUGGUAGAGCACGGCGCUUGUAACGCCAAGGUAGUGGGUUCGAUCCCCGGGACCACCCAUACACAAAAAUGUAUGCACGCAUGACUGUAAGUCGCUUUGGAUAAAAGCGUCUGCUAAAUGGCCUUAUUAUUAUUAUUAUUAUUAUUAUUAUUAUUAUUAUUAUUAUUAUAAUGUAACAGUUUUGCUUCCAUCCCUACAUGGGCUUGAACCAGGGACCCUCUGCACACAUCGACAACACUCACCCUCGAAGCACCGUUACCCAUCGCUCCACAAAAGCCGCGUCCCUUGCAGAGCAAGGUAAACAACUACUUCAAGGUCUCAGAGCGAGUGACGUCACCAAUGGAAACGCUACUAGUUGGCACUGCUAAGUAGCUAGCCAUUUCACACCAGUAACAUUCACCUCUUUUAUCUCUAUGAAAUGAUCCAUCAACGGCACCAACUCAGAAAACCUUUAUUUCCCACCCCUGACGUACGUCUACGUUUGGGUGAGCAAGUUAAUAUAUAAAUAUUAUUCUAAUUGUUACUUUAUCGACUCCCUAUGAAUUGAUUACACACACAUAAAAUGCAUCAUAUUUUCAUAUCUUCACAUAAUCCAUAUAGAACGUUAGAAACUCCUGGCUACUCACAUCAAACACUCCCUUCGUGUUUUUUAACGAUUCUCAAUCGACACAAAUCAGCUUCUUCAAACAUUACUCCCAGCGGAACCAAAAAAAAAAAAACUUUAUUUUCCCGGACACUGACCUUCGUGUCAUGGGAUCCUCAACGGUUCUCUAACCUUCCGGAAACCCCUCAGUCUCACAGAAAUAUAGACUUUUCCACUACUCUCUAAAAUAACCUCACGCUCUCCAUACCACUCCUUGAUAUUCUAUGACCUAAUUCUGUUAUAUAUCGAAACUUCUUAUCCAUAUUAUCAUACACAUUUCUAUAGCUUAUUAUGCACCCUUCAGAUUAAAAUUACUUUCUGCUCUUUGUUCAUAAGAUAGCCUAUGUUGUUCAAUUCAAUUACUUAACUUUGUUAGCUGACUUUCUCCUUAUUAAUUAUAUUUCCAGGCCAUCGUGCACUCAUUAAAUCGCCUCUUUCAUAUAAUCUAAAUCCCAUUUCACGUUGCUUACAGCGAUAUUGUUGAUGAUAUAUUUUCGCGCCAUCUUUAACUUAUCCCUUUUAAAAAUACCUUCUUGAGGAUACUCAUUAUCUGUCCAUGCUGAUAAAUCACUGAUAUAUGGUUCCACAUAGAAAAACCCUAAUGUACUUAACAUCCAUUCAUACAUUGUCUGAUUUUCACUACUUUUAAAAGAGACUUGUUUUAAAUGCAGAUUUGUCUGUAAUAAUUGAGUCAUUUUCUUUCGCUCUCUUCGAUGUAAAUGAAGCUCUGAUUUAUUCUUAAUGGUGACUGUCUUCACUGUCUACUAAGUUGGCUAUCCAUUGCUUCUAUUAGUUCAUGCAUAGUCAUCAAAUACUUGAAUCAAAUCCCCAACUUGAUCUUUAUAAACAUUUUGUUUGCCUAUUUUGCCAUUGGUGCCAUGAUUCAACAUGCUUAAUUGUAUCUGCUCUGAUUCUUUAUGCAGUAUGAGUUAUUGUUCUCUCUCUCCUGACCGUUUUGAGUAAUUUCACAAAGGACUAAUUCUCUCAUAGGGCUUUUACAAAGAACUCUAACAUUUAACAAAUCUUGUUGAGGACUCUAACCUUUACAAAACGAACACUUUAUGAUGAUUCUUACACACCAAAGGACUCAAACCUCACUUUAUCACACUUUAUGAUGAUUCAAUACCAAAGGACUCAAACCUCACUUUAUCACACUUUAUGAUGAUUCAAUACCAAAGGACUCAAACCUCACUUUAUCACACUUUAUGAUGAUUCAAUACCAAAGGACUCAAACCUCACUUUAUCACACUUUAUGAUGAUUCAAUACCAAAGGACUCAAACCUCACUUUAUCACACUUUAUGAUGAUUCAAUACCAAAGGACUCAAACCUCACUUUAUCACACUUUAUGAUGAUUCAAUACCAAAGGACUCAAACCUCACUUUAUCACACUUUAUGAUGAUUCAAUACCAAAGGACUCAAACCUCAAUUUAUCACACUUUAUGAUGAUUCAAUACCAAAGGACUCAAACCUCACUAUUCUAUCUUUAUAAUGUCAUACACAUUAAAAGACCCUACGCCCAAUCUUGUUAAACCCACUCUCCUUCUCCUGUUUUUUUUACUCAUUAUUCUGAACAAACCCUGUUUAGAAUCAUAGCACCAUGUCAUUGUCUAAUUUGAUAUUUCUCCUUACAUCUGUUUACAUACUUGAAUACCACUCAUCUAUUCCCAUAAUAAAAAAAUAUUGAAUUUUAAACGUUCGUUACAGCUCAGCUUUACCACAGAUAAGCAGGAUUUGACAUAAUCAAUAAAAUGAAAGUCUGCUUACCUGUUAGUUCGGCUGUAAACUGCAUCCUGUUCGUUUAGACGGCAAUCUGUUAUGAGUUUUUCUGGUAUCAAGUAAUUCAGUAUGCAAGAAGAUACUUAAACACUUACAUGGAGAGUUGAUUCAAAGUAUUUAAUAUUGCGGUACCGAGUUCAGAUAGCAAUGGGCCACCCACGUGCCAUUUGCUAUGUGAACCCGGUACCACAAUAUUAAAUCCUUUGAAUCAACUCUCCAUGUAAGUGUUUAAGUAUCUUCUUGCAUACUGAAUUACUUGAUGCCAGAGAAACUCAUAACAGGUAUCAAACACAUGGUUUCCAGGUGUUUGAUGCCAUUCUGUUUGCUCCGUUCAUUAUAUUAUAGCUGUCUUCUUCAUUUCUAUUUAAAUUGAGUUACUGUAUUUCUGUCCUCCUGUUUUCACUGACUCUCUUGUCCCCUGAUUCGCCUGGGCAGGUAAAGUGAGGAGUCUGAGCACCACAUUAUGGACGUUGACUCACCUCACUGCUCUUCAUAUCGGCGAUAACUCCCUCUCUCGUAUCCCGCCCGACAUUGCCAAACUUCAAAACCUGGUGUACCUGGACCUCUCAUCCAACAAGAUCAGGAGCCUGCCCGCCGAGCUUGGCGACGUAGUGUCUCUCAGGUCUGUCAGUCUACAAUGGAAACAAUUCAACGUGCUCUAAAUGAUGCUAGUUUGGAGAACCGAAAUCGACAUUACUGUUAGUGUGUUUUCCACAUGAGAAAUUAUAUGCACUAAAAGCUGUUGAUUGAGCCUGUUAAAGAGAGGAGUUUGCUGUUCCUCUUUUACGAAAUAGCAUAGGAAUUAACCAGGUUUCUGUUUCAUUUAACCCCUUUCUACAGUCCUCAUGCUUCAACCUCUGUUGUUUUGAGCUGUUUUCACUAUAAUUGGAAAUGUUAAGUGUGUUUGUUCAUUCAGUCAACAAUGCCAUUUCAGAGUCUUUAGGGGAUUUAGGUUGAGAGCACAUUCUAUAAAGUAGAUGGAUGGAGAGACAUUUCAGGCUCCCAUGUGGGGUAUUGCAUAUCCUUAUUCCUCAUUAUGAUUGAAAUUGGCAAUAGCUAGUUCCUCUCUUCAAGGAUAUUAAUAUUUUUGUUUGUAUCGCUCCUGUGUAUUCCCUCUUCUGCACCUGUCCCUCAAUGAAACUUUGCUCAGUAACUGGCUGAGCAGACAUGGAAAUGACUUGAACAGAUACUAAAUGAUUGAUUGACACAUGAUCGUUAUGUGUUACUUCACAGAGGGAUUUCUACAGCUCUGGUGACUCGAGAAAAGCCUUCACUUCUUUUGAAUACUUUCUGAAUCUUAUUCUGUCUCUAGCAUCCUAAAACGUCUCUGUCUUACCUCUUCUACAGGGAACUUCUUUUAAACAACAACCAGUUGCGGGUUCUACCUUUUGAGCUUGGAAAACUGUUUCAGUUACAAACACUGGGGUUAAAAGGUAAGCUUUGUUUCAUAAUCAUUUACGUUUUGGUUGUUCGUGGUAUCUAAGUUCAUGGGGAUUUGAAAGCUUGCAUGGAUAUUCUCUAAGGAUUCCCUCAUGUAUUUUAAUAAUAAUCUGUGUAUGCCUAUUUGGUUGCUCAUCCAAGUGAUUUCUAGAGUAGAGGUCACAGAAUGAGAGAUGUGGCAUUGUUUUCAUUCUGUAUCCUUGAACCUGUGUAAUAUCAUCUGUGUAGCGUCUUCAUUGCUUUCCACUGUUUUCUCCUCAGGAAACCCACUUGCACAAGAAAUAUUGAACCUCUACCAGGAGCAUGAUGGCACGAGGAAACUGCUCAACUACCUUCUGGACAAUCUGUCAGGGACCAAAGGAGGUGAGUCCAAAUACAGGAAAAGGAUCUUGUUGUUCAUGUGUUGUGUUUGAAUUGUGAGUGUGGUAGUUAGCAUGUAUUAGAUAAGUUAUGCUUUUCUUUGACCUUGGGUGAAUGGAAUGACUUGGCUCUGUCAGUUGAUCUUGAUGAUCCUAUUCAAGUGGUCACCCUCAUGAGGGUCCUUGAUGAGCAGCGUAAGGAUGACUCAUGUUCCCCCUCUCUGUCCCAGUCAGCUCAGAGCAGCCCCCACCCAGAUCAUGGAUUGUUCAGGCCGAGCCGGACCGGGCAAGAACAGCAGGUAGCUAACUCAUCCACCCUUACAAAUCACUUGCAACACCUAUUGAAAGCCACAUAUCAACACAAAGAUCAUUGUGUGUGUGUGUUUGAUCAUAUUCAGAGCCCUAAUGAGACUGUAGGAUAAUCUCAUGUCUGCGUCCCUCUGUCCUGUGCUAGCCCUGUUCUCAGUGAUGUGCUACAACGUGUUGUGUGAUAAGUACGCCACGCGCCAGCUCUAUGGCUACUGCCCCUCCUGGGCCCUCAACUGGGAGUACAGGAAGAAGUCCAUCAUGCAGGAGAUCCUGAACUGCAGCGCUGACAUCAUCAGCUUACAGGUGGGCAGACACACACUGAUGGGAUUUAAUACUGGCCGUUGCAAUGAAUUAUGACACAUGCGCCGUACAAUCGAUCUAGCAUUUAGGGGCGUAGAUCAUUGUCUUUUUCGUCAGAUUGCGCGACAACCGGGUCGCAUUAGAAUGACACCAUCUAUCGGAAGAGAAUGGGGGUUCGAGUUCCAUAGGUUACAUGUCCUAUACUUUGAAUAAUGCACCUUCAAAAUGUACACUAACUGGAAUUGUACUGUUUUUUUCCUUAACAGGAAGUGGAAACAGUUCAGUACUACAGCUAUUUCCUGCCAGAGCUGAAGGAGCAAGGUUACGAGGGCUUCUUUAGCCCUAAGUCCCGUGCCAGGACCAUGUCAGAGUGCGACCGCAAGCAUGUGGAUGGCUGCGCCAUAUUUUACAGAACCGAAAAGUGAGUUGACACCGCACUGCCAACUGUCAGUCCUGAUUUAGGUCAUGAGUUCCAGUAUGUACAGUACCAGUCAUUCCAGGGUUUUUCUUAAUUUUUACUAUUUUCUACAUUGUAGAAUAAUAAUGAAGACAUCAAAACUAUGAAAUAACACAUAUGGAAUCAUAUAGUAACCAAAAAAGUGUUAAACAAAUCUAAAUAUAUUUGAGAUUCUUCGAAGUAGCCACCCUUUGCCUUGAUGACAGCUUUGCACACUCUUGGCAUUCUUUCAACCAGCUUCAUGAGGUAGUCUCCUGGAAUGCAUUUCAAUUAACAGGUGUGCCUUGUUAAAAGUUAAUUUGUGGUUUUUCUUUCCUCCUUAAUACGUUUGAGACAAUCAGUUGUGUUGUGACAAGGUAGGGGUGGUAUACAGGAGAUGGCCCUAUUUGGUAAAAGACAAAGUCCAUAUUAUGGCAAGAACAGCUCAAAUAAGCAAAGAGAAACGACAGUCCAUCAUUACUUUAAGACAUGAAGGUCAGUCAAUACGGAACAUUUCCAGAACUUUUUGAGAACAUUUUUUCAAGUGCAGUUGCAAAAACCAUCAAGUGCUAUGAUGAAACUGGCUCUCAUGAGGACCGCCACAGGAAAGAAAGACCCAGAGUUACCUCUGCUGCAGAGGAUAAGUUCAUUAGAGUUAACUGCACCUCAGAUUGUGAAGAAUUUAUUUGGACUGCAGAGUUCAAGUAACAGACACAUCUCAACAUCAACUGUUCAGAGGAGAUUGCGUGAAUCAGGCCUUCAUUGUCGAAUUGCUGCAAAGUAACCACUAAUAAAGGACACCAAUAAGAAGAAGAGACUAGCUUGGGCCAAGAAACACGAGCAAUGGACAUUAGACUUGUGGAAAUCUGUCCUUUGGUCUGAUGAGUCCAAAUUUGAGAUUUUUGGUUCCAACCGCCGUGUCUUUGUGAGACGCAGAGUAGGUGAACGGAUGAUCUCCACAUGUGUGGUUCCCACCGUGAAGCAUGGAGGUGUGAUGGUGUGGGGGUGCUUUGGUGUUGACACUGUCUGUGAUUUUAUUUAGAAUUCAAGGCACACUUAACCAGCAUGGCUACCACAGCAUUCUGCAGCGAUACACCAUCCCAUCUGGUUUGGGCUUAGUGGGACUAUCAUUUGUUUUUCAACAGGACAAUGACCCAACACACCUCAAGGCUGUGUUAGAGCUAUUUGACCAAGAAGGAGAGUGAUGGAGUGCUGCAUUAGAUGGUUUGGGAUGAGUUGGACCGCAGAGUGAAGGAAAAGCAGCCAACAAGUGCUCAGCAUAUGUGGGAACUCCUUCAAGACUGAUGGAAAAGCCUUCCUCGUGAAGCUGGUUGAGAGAAUGCCAAGAGUGUGCAAAGCUGUCAUCAAGGCAAAGGGUGGCUAUUUGAAGAAUCUCAAAUAUAAAAUAUAUUUUCAUUUGUUUUAACACUUUUGGUAACUACAUGAUUCCAUAUGUGUUAUUUCAUAGUUUUGAUGUCUUCACUAUUAUUCUACAAUGUAGAAAAUAGAGAAACCCUUGAAUGAGUAGGUGUGUCCAGACUUUUGACAAGUACUGUAUUACAUUUACAUUACAUUUACGUCAUUUAGCAGACGCUCUUAUCCAGAGAGACUUACAAAUUGGUGCAUUCACCUUAUGAUAGCCAGUUGGACAACCACUUUACAAUAUUCUUUUUAAAAAAUAUUUUUCUAUGUUUCUAAUUUAAUUUUUAGAGUAUUUUUAAAUUUCAUUUGUCAUAUAAAGUGGGGAGAACAAGUAUUUGAUACACUGCUGAUUUUGCAGGUUGUCCUACUUACAAAGCAUGUAGAGGUCUGUAAUUUUUAUCAUAGGUACACUUCAACUGUGAGAGAUGGAAUCUAAAACAAAAAUCCAGAAAAUCACAUUGUAUGAUUUUUAAGUAAUUCAUUUGCAUUUUAUUGCAUGACAUAAGUAUUUGAUACAUCAGAAAAGCAGAACUUAAUAUUUGGUACAGAAACCUUUGUUUGCAAUUACAGAGAUCAUACGUUUCCUGUAGGUCUUGACCAGGUUUGCACACACUGCAGCAGGGAUUUUGGCCCACUCCUCUAUACCUUCUCCAGAUCCUUCAGGUUUCGGGGCUGUCGCUGGGCAAUACGGACUUUCAGCUCCCUCCAAAGAUGUUCUACUGGGUUCAGGUCUGGAGACUGGCUAGGCCACUCCAGGACCUUGAGAUGCUUCUUACGGAGCCACUCCUUAGUUGCCCUGGCUGUGUGUUUCGGGUCGUUGUCAUGCUGGAAGACCCAGCCACGACCCAUCUUCAAUGCUCUUACUGAGGGAAGGAGGUUGUUGGCCAAGAUCUUGCGAUACAUGGCCCCAUCCAUCCUCCCCUCAAUACGGUGCAGUCGUCCUGUCCCCUUUGCAGAAAAGCAUCCCCAAAGAAUGAUGUUUCCACCUCCAUGCUUCACGGUUGGGAUGGUGUUCUUGGGGUUGUACUCAUCCUUCUUCCUCCAAACACGGCGAGUGGAGUUUAGACCAAAAAGCUCUAUUUUUGUCUCAUCAGACCACAUGACCUUCUCCCAUUCCUCCUCUGGAUCAUCCAGAUGGUCAUUGGCAAACUUCAGACGGGCCUGGACAUGCGCUGGCUUGAGCAGGGGGACCUUGCGUGCGCUGCAGGAUUUUAAUCCAUGACGGCGUAGUGUGUUACUAAUGGUUUUCUUUGAGACUGUGGUCCCAGCUCUCUUCAGGUCAUUGACCAGGUCCUGCCGUGUGGUUCUGGGCUGAUCCCUCACCUUCCUCAUGAUCAUUGAUGCCCCACGAGGUGAGAUCUUGCAUGGAGCCCUAGACCGAGGGUGAUUGACCGUCAUCUUGAACUUCUUCCAUUUCCUAAUAAUUGCACCAACAGUUGUUGCCUUCUCACCAAGCUGCUUGCCUAUUGUCCUGUAGCCCAUCCCAGCCUUGUGCAGGUCUACAAUUUUAUCCCUGAUGUCCUUACACAGCUCUCUGGUCUUGGCCAUUGUGGAGAGGUUGGAGUCUGUUUGAUUGAGUGUGUGGACAGGUGUCUUUUUUACAGGUAACUAGUUCAAACAGGUGCAGUUAAUACAGGUAAUGAGUGGAGAACAGGAGGGCUUCUUAAAGAAAAACUAACAGGUCUGUGAGAGCCGGAAUUCUUCCUGGUUGGUAGGUGAUCAAAUACUUAUGUCAUGCAAUAAAAUGCAAAUUAAUUACUUAAAAAUCAUACAAUGUGAUUUUCUGGAUUUUUGUUUUAGAUUCCGUCUCUCACAGUUGAAGUGUACCUAUGAUAAAAAUUACAAAAUUAUGCUUUGUAAGUAGGAAAACCUGCAAAAUUGGCAGUGUAUCAAAUACUUGUUCUCCCCACUGUAUAUAUAAUGUUUUUGUGUUUGAUUUUAUAUUUUUAUUAGGGCUGUCAAAUGAUUUAAAUUUUUAAUCAAAUUAAUCAGAAUUUUCAGUGGAUUAAUCAUGAUUAAUCACUAUUUGCAAUUACACCUGAAUCCUAACCAUUUUUGUUUCAAGUGUCUCCGGAAGGUGGUCAGUGACUCCGCUGUCCUGUCGUCGUGAGGGAGCUUGUUCCACCAUUGGGGUGCCAGAGCAGCGAACAGUUUUGACUGGGCUGAGCGGGAACUGUGCUUCCGCUGAGGUAGGGGGGCUAGCAGGCCAGAAUUGGAUGAACGUAGUGCCCUCGUUUGGGUGUAGGGACUGAUCAGAGCCUGAAGGUAAGGAGGUGCCGUUCCCCUCACAGCUCCGUAGGCAAGCACCAUGGUCUUGUAGCAGAUGCGAGCUUCAACUGGAAGCCAGUGGAGUGUACGGAGGAGCGGGAUGCCAUGAGAGAACUUGGGAAGGUUGAACACCAGACGGGCUGCAGCGUUUUGGAUGAGUUGUAGGGGUUUAAUGGCACAGGCAGGGAGCCCAGCCAACAGCAAGUUGCAGUAAUCCAGACGGAAGAUGACAAGUGCCUGGAUUAGGACCUGUGCCGCUUCCUGUGUAUGUUAACGGUUAAUCGGUUAGCACACGAACAGUACUUUGACAGGCAUGCUUAUCAAUUUCUAAAGUUAUUUGUUAAUGUGCUGCAAUUAAAUUCAGCGUGGAUCUUUGUAGUCAUAAUCUGUAUCUGAUUAAUCGACACGCACGCAAACAGAACGCAGUGUUUGAGGAGAUCAUGGUAACUGUCAUCUAUAUAAUACUCUCGUAACUAUUGAAAACUCCUUCACUCUUGCAAAUCCUGAGUCAACUGGUUAAGUGUACCAUCAUCAUUCUGUGCCAUAUUGAAUCCUGGUCAAUAGGCCCUGUGCCAGCCUUGCUCCUCGGCCCUAGCUGGGCGGCGCACCUUGGCCCACCUGUCCAGGUAGGGGAGGAACGCCGCGCAGGAUGUAAGCAGUUAAUAAGCAUGCGUUUGCAAGCAGGUUGUGGUUCGAUUACGUGGGGCCAGUAUUAAAAAUAAAUAAUAAUAUUGUAUUCACUAACUGUAAGUCGCUCUGGAUAAGAGCGUCUGCUAAAUGACUAAAAUGUAAAUGUAAAUGUAUCACCUGUCAGACAGCGCCAGAGUAGCUCCUCACUGGAGUGAAACAAGAAUUUUAUUUAUUUAUUUUUUAUUUUUUUUAAGCCCAGUAAUUGCUCAACAAAUAACAAUUCUAAAUGCUAUCACGUGCUAAAAAUUGAUGGCAGAGAUUUUAAAAGGAGCAAUUUUUUAUUUGUCAAUCUCAACUUGUAAUUAAAUUGCGCCUCCCAUUUUCCAUUUGAGUGCAUAGGCUAUUGUCAACGUGUCACCCAGCACUUUGCAAUGUGAGCUUGAGGCAGUAAUUGUCUGAAAGCUAAACGUUUUACUUUACUUCAAAUAAUGAGGCAUGUCUUACCUUGCUUCAAAGUAGCCUUGCGAAAAUCCGUCCAUAGAAACGUGGAGGCAAUUAUUUUAUAAAGACGUCUUGAUGCCAUUAACCAGCAUUUCUCUCCUGUUCUAUUGGUUUUCAUAUCAACUUUCUUUCGUAUUAGCAACCCAUCCUAGUUGUCAUAGAUUCCCCCUCUUUCUAAAUUUCUAGUGGAGAGUUUCAUCUCUGUCACAUUAGGUGCGCUGUUUAGAAUGGUGUUUUCCAGCUCAUUGCAUUUUGGCAAAUGUUUGAAAAUGACUUAUUAGCUGCUUCAUUACAGGAGUUGCAUGUUCAAUAACAGGCUAUAGCCUUUUGAAUGUAAGACCAUAGGCUUGCUAUUGUUGCAUGGUUCCAUUAAGCUCUUCAUGAAAAAUGUCCGGUCCUUGUACGCAUGCAUAGUAUAAGCGAGGAAGCGGCGACGCGAGAGGUUUCACUCUAGCCAAAAUCUGUGGAAAACAAGCCCAAUGCGUUUCUGUCGCCUGCCUGCCUUCCAGCCUUGGGACGACUACCAUUAUUAGGGCGCAGAAAUAAGCAUCUCUUCAGUAUAUACAGAUCUCUGAAAGUGUUUUCUGUUGGUCAUGUCAUUUUACUGUUUGGAAAAAAUGUUACCUUUUUAACUGGUUGAGGGUCAGGUAGUCGGCAGCAAAAUUUACCAAAAUGUGCAUCCCUAGUGUGUGUGUGUGUGUGUGUGUGUGUACUGUAUGUAUAACAUUUACCCUGUGUGUGUAUAGUGUGUUUCAGAGGUGUAAUGAUUCCAAGUUCAGCCAUUGCAGAAAAGCCUUUUUUAAGCUGUCCCAGAGGCAGCACAUUGCACUCACCUGUCUGUUCUGCCUCCCCUCACCUGCUCCUCCUCUCCUCCUCCCACCUGCUCCUCCUCUCCUCCUCUCACCUGCUCCUCCUCUCCUCCCCUCACCUGCUCCUCCUCUCCUCCCCUCACCUGCUACUCCUCUCCUCCCCUCACCUGCUACUCCUCUCCUCCCCUCACCUGCUUCUCCUCUCCUCCCCUCACCUGCUUCUCCUCUCCUCCCCUCACCUGCUACUCCUCUCCUCCCCUCACCUGCUUCUCCUCUCCUCCUCUCACCUGCUACUCCUCUCCUCCUCUCACCUGCUACUCCUCUCCUCCUCUCACCUGCUACUCCUUCCUCCCCUCACCUGCUACUCUCCCCUCCCCUCACCUGCUUACUCCUCCCUCCCCUCACCUGCUACUCCUCCCCUCCCCUCCCACCUGCUACUCCUCCCCUCCCCUCACCUGCUACUCUUCCUCCCCUCACCUCACCUGCUACUCCUCCUCCCUCACCUGCUCUCCUCCCCUCACCUGCUCUCUCCUCUCCUCCCCUCACCUGCUUCUCCUCUCCUCCUCUCACCUGCUCUCCUCUCCUCCUCUCACCUGCUCUCCUCUCCUCCUCUCACCUGCACUCCUCCCUUCUCUCUCACUCUCACCGCUUCUCCUCUCCUCCUCUCACCUGCUUCUCCUCUCCUCUCCUCUCACCUGCUUCCUCUCUCCUCUCUCACCUGCUCUCCUCCUCUCCUCCUCUCACCUGCUAUCUCUCCUCCCUCACCUGCUUCUCUCUCCUCUCUCACCUGCUCUCCUCUCAUCCCUCCUCUCACCUCUCUCUCUCCCUCUCCUCCUCUCACCUGCUUCUCCUCUCCCCUCCUCUCACCUCUCCUCCUCUCCCCUCUCCCUUCUAUCCCUCUCCUCCUCUCCUGCUCCCUGCUCCUCCUCGCUCCCUCCUCCUCCACCUGCUCCUCCUCUCACCUGCUCCUCUCCUCUCACCUUCUCCUCCUCUCACCCUCCUCCUCUCACCUCUCCCUCCUCUCACUGCUCCUCCUCUCACCUGCUUCCUCCUCUCCACCUGCUCUACUCUCCCUCUCCUCCUCCUCUCACUCUCUCCUCCUCUCACCUGCUCUCCUCUCACCUCUACUGCUUCCUCCUCUCCAUCCUUCUCCUCCUCUCACCUGUUCUCCUCUCCUCCUCUCCUGUUCUCCUCUCCUCCCUCUCCUGUUCUCCUCUCCUCCUCUCCUGUUCUCCUCUCCUGCCUCACACCUGCUACUCGCUUCUCCUCCUCUCACCUCUCACUCCUCUCACCUCUUCCUCUCCUCUCGACCUGCUACUCUUACUAGAUUCAGCCUGGUACAGAAACACACAGUGGAAUUCAACCAGCUGGCUAUGGCCAACUCUGAGGGCUCUGAGGCCAUGCUCAACAGAGUCAUGACUAAGGACAACAUUGGUGUGGCUGCGCUUCUAGAGGUGCGCAAGGAGAUGAUGGAGCAGUCUGGUGAGUCUCGCCACACAUGAAAGAAACUUGAAUUCCGUAGGGCUUAAAUGUGACCUAUGUAAAAAUGCUGCUGUUAUCCUGUGUGUUUGUCCAGCGGGGAAGUCUCUGCUCGGCAUGGAGAAACAGCUCCUCCUGGUGGCCAACGCCCACAUGCACUGGGACCCGGCAUACUCAGACGUCAAGGUGGUCCAGACGGUCAUGUUCCUGUCUGAGGUGAAGAACAUCGUGGACAAGGCCACACGCAGCCUCAAGCUCUCCUCCGUCUCCGGGGAGACCAACGCCGUCCCACUCGUCCUGUGUGCUGACCUCAACUCACUACCUGACUCUGGUGAGUGGACGACUGGACUGGGUCAGUUGAAUAGUGAGUGUGCUCUACUGUAGUGACAUUUGUAAUGCCUGGUGAUCUGUGUGUGUGUGCGGCUUGCAGGUGUGGUGGAGUUCCUGAGCUCGGGCGGAGUGGACAGCACCCACAAGGACUUCAAGGAGCUGCGCUACAUCGAAAGCCUCACCAACUUCAACUGCAACGGCAAGAACGGCGCGUCCAACGGCAGGAUCACCCACGGCUUCAAGCUGAAGAGUGCCUAUGAAAACGCCCUGAUGCCUUACACCAACUACACCUUCGACUUCAAGGUGAGACUGCCACAGUCAUGUCUUCUCUCUUCUGUGAAGCGCGCUCUUUUUGCGUUGGUGUGUUUGUGAAAUGUUCUGAAAGCCUGGGAUAUUAUGAAGGCUUGGGUCACACUGAUAAAUACUCUUCUCCAGCCCGGGGAUGUGAAUGUAUCGCCAUCUAACGUGCUUUUCCUCUCUGUGCAGGGUAUCAUUGACUACAUCUUCUACUCUCAGCCUACGCUCAAUGUGUUGGGGGUUCUGGGUCCCCUGGAUCCUCACUGGCUCCAUGAGAACAAUAUCAGCGGAUGUCCCCACCCCCACAUCCCCUCCGAUCACUUCUCCCUGUUUGCACAACUGGAGCUGCUCCUUUCCUACCCGUCAUCAGUCAACGGACUCCACCUGCCAGGGCGCAGGUAGAUCUCUGAGCCACAAGAGGGAGCUGUUGCUCCAAUCUCGUUAAAUUCUUCCUGCAAAGUCUAUGAACUUUCUGGAUAAAUCUAUGUACAAUCGGAGGGGCGGGGGUUAUGGCCAACAUUUCCCCCAUGGAUUUUAACUGAAGCAAAAGCUCACGGCAAUCUCAACGAUAAGUCUUUACCUCCUUUUCUGGGCACAAUUUGAUGUUGUAUAAUUUUGACACCAUAUCCCACUUUGCGGUCUUG